AUGUGUUCGUGGAUUGUUACUUCUAUGUGUUUGUGCGUAGGAUUCGCUUUGCCGGUUUCCGUCCACAGUGCAGCCAUUCCCACAGAUGGUCAAUUCACGGGUAAUAUGUCAGCCGGUGCCCGUGGGCUAUCGAAUGAUACAGCAGUUCGAAAAGUGUACGCUCCGUCCGCUGGUGUGAUACACGAGUGGGUAACGGGCGAACGAUCUGCCCAACUGGACACCGGGAAACCGACCACAAUCAAUCCGAUCCACGCUCAGUGGAUUCUAUUACACGCCGGUUACGGUCGACCUGAUUUCGCUUCGCAUCGCAUUCCGUGGAUUAAAAACCUGUUGGUUACCACUUACACUAUUUUGGCUGUGAUAGGUGUCGUGUCCAAUUUGACAGUGGUCUACAUACUACUGAUUAGACGUCGGCGUGCAUUGGCCAAUAUCACCAAUGUGUUUGUUCUAGUUCUGGCUAUUUCCGAUGUGACUCUUUGCGGGUUCAAUAUGCCAAUGCAAGCGUAUUACGAGUUGAAAGAAAUUAACGAACUAAAUUCAGCUGCUUGUAAAAUUGUAUUCACCAUCUUUGGGAUUCCCAUGCAUAUUUCCUGUCUGACCAUAUUGAUGAUUGCUUGCGAUCGGUAUCAGAUCAUCAUCUAUCCGUUGUACCCGCGUAUGUCCACACGAUUUGCCCUAUUCCUGAUCUUACUGAUCUGUUUGUUAAGCAUACUGAACAGUCUGCCCAUUGCUCUGUAUAGUACAAUCAGUCAAGCUGUGAUUCCACCCCAGUCAACCAUUCCGUACACAGAGAAUCACACAUACGCAGCCAGUCAUGCGCACACUUAUUGUGUCGAAAUGUGGCCCAAUGUGACCGGUCGCCUGAUCUACUCGAUUGUCACAUUUCUAGUGCAUUUUUUGAUCCCGCUUUGUCUGACGAUGGGCUUGUACGGGCACAUAUUUUUCCGUUUACACGAAAGUCGUUUCCGACGCAGUUCCGUCGAGAGAAAACGUCGUACAAACAAAAUUCUCGUGCGUAUUGUGGUCUGUUUUGCCGUUUGUUGGACUCCGUGGUGUUGUUUCUGUUUGUGGGUAGAAGUGUUGGCAUUUCUUUGGCAAUCCAAGGCUCUGACUACGGCUACCGAUUUGAAAACCCUUGGGCGCUUAGAUCAUAUGAAUGACGUGACAACAAGGGGAGAUUUAUCCGGUCUUAUGUAUCAAUAUUCCUCCGCAUCCACAGUGGAACUGAGACAUAUGGACUGGGUCAACCGGAUGGUGAGUCACAAAGCCAAAUCCUAUUUGGAUCGGGAACUGUUUGGUGUGAACAGAACUGUUUCGGGAGCGACCACAACCCCAUUAGACGCCUCCGCGAUGGCCACUUUGACUGGGGGUGUACCGCUGGCAAAUCCAGAUUUGUUUUCAAUCUUAGACUCAGAAGGUCACGAAGAAAAGAUUCGCUUGAUUGAUCUCUUGCUCCGACUGUUUGCAAUGGGUUCUGGCUGUAUAAAUCCGUGGUUAUACGGUUGGCUGAACAAGUUUGUUAUCACCCUAUCCAAAUUGUACUGGGUAAAGCUGACCCGGGCAGUCCGAUUGGGCACGAAAUUUCGCGAAUGGAACGCUCGGUGGCGUCGAAGCACGCGACUGUCUCAUUCACAUGGCACAACUCUACCUGAUCAUGCCGAUCUCGGACACUCGAUGGACGGAAUGGCCAAUUCGUAUCACUCCAAACGACACAACGAUGCGGCGGUGGUUCAGGUGUGCUACUGCUGCGGGAACUGGUGUAAGUUCAACUUUGUGUUUAGUCGAUCAGUUCUGUUCCAUGGGAGAAAACAAGAUCACUUAUCAUUCCUCAGCUCGGGAGCUAUGAACGGGAAUAGUCAGCGUGGAUCACACAGAGAGGGGUCGUAUAGAGAUUCGCAAAGAAAUGUGGAAAGCUGUGAAAGAUGCGCGGCUACCGCCGCGCGUAGUGGCACCGGAUCACGUACCUCACAGUCUGGAUCCGGACGUCAAAAAGGAUCAAAAUGUUCCGCGGAAAAUUUGCCUCCAAAUGCGGUGGCACAGUUGGCCGAAUUCGAAGCUUGUCUGGAGAACGCACAACAGGAUAACAUGCCAGCACAAAAUCGAAGGGACAAAGAAUGUCACCAGUGCUCGUCCUAUAAACGCUUCGGUCGGCGGUAUUCUUCCCGACUAAGCGCCUCGUCUGUCGGUACUGUGAGCUAUUUAGAUCCGUCCACCAAACAAACCAGUUUGUUGCCAUCCUCAGGAUUCACUCCAACCCCAAGGGGUUCGUUUCUUCGACCAGGUGACCCCGUUUCCGCGAUGCGAUUUGAAGCCACAAGCCCAAUAAUAAAUUAUGGAGCCAUUCAGAAUAACAAAGCUGUUGGAAAUAAUCUCCUAGUUCCACCGACAAUGGCGCCAGUCAUGCGUGGACGUUCAAUCGAUUCCGGUAGCCUAGAUCCAGACAUGGCUUUUAUAUCCAGCUGUGGAGUCCAUAUCAAAGAAGAAGAAUCUCAGGUGUCGCAUACCUGUGCCGAAUCGGAAACGGAAUCGGAGAAUCCAGUCAUAACUUUGUUUUGUCCGGCAAAACCGCCACAAACAGACAAUGUGUUUCCCGUCAAAACCGAACUGAUCACGCUUCAAGAACAGUCUGAUUCGACAUCAUUUGAACAGGGUAUGAAUCAGAACAGUGGCCAAUCCAACCAUCAUGAAGUGGUUCAAAUAAACGUGCACGCGUGUGACCACCAGCCCGGGCCAAACAACUCGGUACCACUGGCAGAUAGUAAGAAUGGAUUUCAACCAACCAAAGCUUUCUCUAACCCCUGGUCCAAUGCCAGCCUCGGAUCGGGAAUUGUUGAAAACUCGCAACAUAACUGGCCAUUUUCGGCCAGUGAAUCUAUGGAAAUUCCAUUUGCGGAUGAGGAUAGUGAAGAACAGGGGCACAUAAGCUCCUGUUUUGGUGUGAGGUCCGAUGACGAAUCUGAAGUGCUGGUUAACCCAUACGCGGACGGAAAAUUUGAAGACACUCAAUCAAUUCCAUCACAAACUCCUCCUCUUCUGGAAGUGAAAACAACCUCAAUAAGCUACGUACAAAUUCAAAAAUGUGAUGCUUCCGCUGAUUGUGUCAAUGCGGUUAAUUCACAAAACCUGGAAACUGUGACAAAUCAGCCAACCCAACGGCGUGAUAUCAAACGGCGACUGAGUUUCUAUCCCGGUUUCAUUCUUCGCCAGUACAGUGGGACAGAGGAUUCCGUUCUCGGUGGACUGUUCACCCUGGGAUUCGAUGAGUCGUCAGACGCCGAUGAUUUCACCCACAUCGGACGUAUGGUAGCAUUAGAAGCGAUUCGAAAACAGCAAGCUCGCAACCGUGCCAUGAGUGUGGGCUCUAUGCUUCCCGCAUCUCACACACCGAAGAAAACCCGACAAAGUUUAUCACAAGUCCCCACGGAGGUAGGUGCUGGGCACCGAGGCAGCAGAGUGAAAGAACACCAAACACUACUCUCAUCCGGUCAACAUCCAUGA